CUGACUGACUGACUGACUGACUGACUCCUCCUUGGAGAGGUAAUCGGUUUUCUGCCUCCUCCAGGAUCCAGCUUCCUCUCUCUGACCCGGUGGGAAGCUCAUAGCAGAGAUCUGGAAGACUCAACAACUGCAACCUCAACCAAAAGGUGCAUGAAACAGACGCUGUCAUGGAUACCAUGGAUUUGGAUCAUGUCACCCAGAUUUCCCGAGAGGACCUGGAAGAACUGAAAGAGGCCUUUGACAAAAUUGAUAUUGAUAAAAGCGGCUUCGUGAGUGACUUUGAGCUUCAGGAGCUGUUCAGAGAGGCGAGUUUCCAAAUUCCCGGAUACCAAGUGAGAGAACUAGUGGAAACCUUCAUGGCUGGAGACACGAACAAAGACGAGAAGAUCAGCUUUGAAGAAUUUGUUUCUAUCUACCAGGAGCUGAAGAGUAGGAAGUUCAGUGAGACGUUCAAGAAAGUCAUCUCAAGAAGAGACGGGAUCCGCUCCUUUGGAGGAACAUCGGGAAUCUCCAGCGAAGGAACACAACACUCCUACUCUGAUGAGGAGAAAGUGGCUUUUGCUAAAUGGAUCAACAAAGCUUUGUCCAAAGAUCCAGACUGCCAGCAUCUGCUGCCCAUGAACCCUGACAAUGAGAGCCUCUUCACCUCUGUCCGUGACGGCAUCCUGUUAUGUAAAAUGAUCAACCAGUCUCAGCCUGAUACAAUCGAUGAACGAGUCAUCAACACAAAGAAACUCACCACCUUCACAAUGACAGAGAAUCUGGUCUUGGCUCUGAACUCAGCCUCAGCAAUCGGCUGCAGAGUAGUGAACCUUGACGCCCACAACCUGAUGGCAGGGAAGCCUCAUCUGGUGCUGGGUCUGUACUGGCAGAUUAUCAAGGUCGGACUCUUUGCUGAUAUAGAGAUCAGCAAGAACGAAGGUCUGAUCGCCCUUCUGAGAGACGGCGAAACACUGGAAGACCUAAUGUCUCUCUCGCCUGAGGAGCUGCUGCUUCGUUGGGUCAACUAUCAUCUAACCAACGCUGGAACACAAACAAUCAACAACUUCAGUGAUGAUAUCAAGGACUCGCGAGCCUACUUCUACCUGUUGGACCAGGUUGCCUCUCAAGAGGGCCUAGAAUUUAAAAGGGGCAUCACAAUAGACAUGAACGGUCUCAACGAGAGGAAUCUGGAGCAAAGAGCUGAGCUGAUGUUGCGACAGGCUGCCAGGAUGGACUGCAGGCAGUUUGUUUCUCCUCAAGAUGUCACAUCUGGAAACAGCAAGCUCAACUUAGCCUUCGUGGCUAACCUGUUCAACAUGCAUUCUGGUCUGCAGGGGAAUAAAGUUAACAAAAGCGACGCACACAUAGAGCCUGAGACCAGAGAAGAAAAGACAUUUCGCAACUGGAUGAACUCUCUGGGCGUCUCGCCACACGUAAACCACCUUUAUCGGGACUUGUGCGAUGGCCUGGUCAUUCUGCAGCUUUUGGAGGAAGUCAAAGUCCCUGUGAACCGGAAGAGGGUCAACAACCCUCCCUUUUCUUCCCGGGGUGGAAACAUGAAGAAGCUGGAGAAUUGUAACUACGCAGUGGAGCUGGGCAGGGAUGUGGCUCAUUUCUCCCUUGUUGGAGUUGGAGGACAAAACCUAAAUGAGGGCAGCACCAUUCACACCCUGGCUCUGGUUUGGCAGCUGAUGAGGAGGUACACAGUUAUGGUUUUGUCAGAUUUGGGCGAUGGAGAGAAGAUUGGAGAUAUGAUCAUCCUGAACUGGGUUAACACCACCCUGAAGCAGAAAAAGGAGUCACAGAUCAGCAGCUUCAAGGACAACCAGAUCAGCACCAGUCUCCCAGUGAUCGACUUGAUUGACGUCAUUGCCCCCGGCACAGUCAGGUGGGAGAUGGUGAAGAAACCACUAAAAGGAAAGAAGUUGGACAAUGAUGAAAAAGUCAACAAUGCCAAGUAUGCAAUUUCAUUAGCCCGUAAGAUUGGCGCUCGCGUCUACGCUUUACCAGAUGAUUUGGUGGAGGUAAACCCCAAGAUGGUGAUGACACUGUUCGCCUGUCUCAUGGGACAUGGUUUGAAAAAGGCCAAACAAUGAGAGAAGAACCACCCAGGGAAAAAUAAACACAUAUGCAUUCUUUUUUAUUGUAAUUUUUUUUUCUUUGACCUCUUCCCUUACUGAAAUCAUCACACAAACUUGUUUUAUUUUUCUGAAAAAUGUGAGCUAUAAAUCUUUUCUCAUGGUCAGAGGUACUGUAUUUGUUUGUUUAAUGAUUAUAUUAAAACUGAUUUUUAUUUGCUUCAUAUUCCAUAUGGCACUUUUAUUCUACUUAAUGUACUUCCUUCGUAAAAUGUCAGUAGAAGUGGCAGUGGGAAAACAUGAUCAAUACACACAAACAGCCUCUCAGUUUCUGUAAAUGUUGUGCUGAAUAUUGCUAUUUAAUUAUUAAAAAGAAUGUAUUAAAUAUAAUGAACGGAAAUGCA